AUGGGUAUAUAUGGUUCCAAGCCUCGGAAACAAGCACGGGUCCUGAUGCUGGGCCUAGAUGGUUCGGGUAAGACCACCUUGCUCUAUAAACUGAAGUACAAUGAGAGUGUGGUGACGGUGCCAACUGUGGGCUUCAACGUGGAGAUGCUGGAGACAGACAGGAGCAGCCCGGGGCUUACAGUGUGGGAUGUAGGUGGUCAGAGGAAGAUGAGGCUUCACUGGAAGCAUUUCUAUGUUGACACAGCCGGAGUUGUUUUUGUGGUGGAUGGCUCGAACCAGAAAAGACUGGAGGAGGCCCGCAAGGAACUACAUCGGGUCCUGAGGAAUGAGAGUCUGAGAGGAGUUCCUCUUGUGGUCCUCACCAACAAACAGGAUCUUCAUGGAGCUCUAAGUUCAGAAGCGCUUUGCCUGAGUCUGGACUUGAGAAGAGUGUGUGAGGGCAGGGCAUGGUUCAUCCAGCCCUGUUCAGCAACCACCGGCAUGGGACUAGAGGAAGGUUUCAGGAGGAUGGUCUAUCUGAUGAAGACUCCGCUGAAACAGACUCAAGAAGACAUUAAGGUUAAGAUGAAGGCUAAGGGCUUCAGUAUCAAAGCUUUGCUCUGUGGUUGUUACAGAUGA